GUUUCCAGGGUAACGGGAGCGGGGCCGGGGUCGGUGCCGGUGCCGGGCCGGUGUCGGUGCCGGUGCCGGGCCGGGGUCGGUGCCGGUGUCGGUGCCGGUGCCGCCGCUCCCCAUGGCCUGUCGCGAUGCCAUUUCAUGGUACCAGAAGAAGAUCGGGGCCUACGACCAGCAGAUAUGGGAGAAGGCCGUGGAGCAGACCCAGAUGAAGGGCUUCAAGAACAAGCCGAAGAAAAAGGGGCACAUCCAGCCCGAUCUGAUCGACGUGGAUCUGAUCAGCGGCUCUACCUUUGCCAAAGCCAAGCCUGAAAUUCCCUGGACAUCGCUGACGAGGAAGGGAAUUGUGAGAGUGGUGUUCUUCCCCUUGUUCAGCCAGUGGUGGAUACAGGUCACUUCCCAGCGGAUUUUUAUGUGGCUCUUGGUGCUCUACGUUAUGCAAGUGGUAGCAGUGGUGCUGUACUUCAUGGUGCCUGUUGUGAGUGCCAGUGAAGUGAUGGGACCCCUGUGCCUGAUGCUGCUGCUGGGGACAGUUCACUGCCAGAUCGUGUCCACCCAGGUGAACAGACCUGCAGGCAGCAACGGGCUGAGCCGGCGCCGCAGGAAGUUACGCAAACCUGUGGGUGUGGAUGGGAACAGUUGGUGUUCUCCUGACAGAACCAGCAAGGAAGAGCAGUCUGGCUCUGCAUCCCUGCUGACCAAUUUAUCCAGUCUGCUCUUCCAGAGGAGGAAUAGAACAGUAAAGCUGGUAGCUGAGAAAGGGACUGAGACAGAAAGUGGUGUGAGUGCUGUGGGUGAUGGCAUCAAACCCAGACAGGCCAGAUCUGAACACAGGCUGCUGCACUCCAAAGAGAAAAGUAAACUUUCUGAUGGGGAGAAGAGCCAUCAGGAUGAUGGCACCAACAGGGACGGUGCUUCUGACGAGCUGUCGAGCGAGGAGGACGCCGAGGCCGUGGCACGGAGGAUCCUGCUACGCCCCAGCAUGGAAGGGGCUUCCAGUGACAACAGCUACGAGGAGAAGAAGAGGCCUCUGGUUUCUCUCAACCAGGCUGUCUCACAGGUCAAGCAAGCCCUGAAGGGUGCCAGGGACUCUGACAGUUUUGUGGAGUCUGAACUGGAAUCCACCUUAUACAGGCAGGAGCCCAGGGCGUGCCUGAGCGUGGGGCCCCGGAGCUGCAGCGGGAGCCGGCGGGACUCGGAGAGCACCCGGCAGGACUCGGAGACCGAGGACAUGCUGUGGGACGAUCUCCUGCACGGCCCCGAGUGCCGCUCCUCCGGCACCAGCGACAGCGAGGAGUGCUCCCCCUGCGGGGACUCCCGCAGGGACCUGAAGGAAGACGUCUUCCAGCAGAACCAUCUGUUUUGGCUGCAGAACACCAGCCCAGCAUCUGCCAAAGUGAGUGCUCUGAUCUGGGAAGGGAAUGACUGCAAGAAGGUGGACAUGUCCGUGCUGGAGAUCAGUGGGAUUAUCAUGAGCAGGGUUAAUGCCCACCAGCAAGGAGUGGGGUAUCAAAUGCUGGGAAACAUCAUCACCAUCGGAUUGGCCUUUCUGCCGUUCCUCUACAGACUGUUCCGCACGGAUAACCUGGAGCAGCUCUGCUCCAUUUCUCUGAUGGAGCUUCUGCACGUCUUCUGUGGAGCCCCUGUCAGCGCCCCUGUGCUCAUCCUGUCUGCCAUCAACUUUCUGGAAAGGCUGUGCUUAACCUGGAUGUUUUUCUUCAUGAUGUGUGUUGCUGAGAGAACCUACAAACAGAGGUUUUUGUUUGCCAAGCUCUUCAGUCACAUUACAUCUGCUCGGAAAGCCAGGAAAUACGAAAUCCCUCACUUCAGGCUCAAGAAGGUGGAGAACAUCAAGAUCUGGUUAUCCCUUCGCUCCUACCUGAAGAGACGAGGCCCCCAGAGGUCUGUGGAUGUUGUGGUGUCCUCAGUCUUUUUACUGGCUCUUUCAAUUGCUUUUAUCUGCUGUGCCCAGGUUCUUAAGGGUCACAAAACCUUUCUGAGUGCAGCUUACAACUGGGAGUUCCUGAUGUGGGAGGCAGCACUGCUCCUCUUUCUGCUACGUCUGGCAUCUCUGGGCUCUGAGACCAACAAAAAAUACAGCAACAUUUCCAUCCUGCUCACUGAGCAGAUAAACUUGUACCUGAAGAUGGAGAAGAAGCCAAACAAGAAGGAGCAGCUCUCUCUGGUGAACAAUGUGCUGAAGCUGUCCACAAAGCUGUUGAAGGAAUUGGAUAGUCCAUUCAGGCUGUAUGGACUGACCAUGAACCCACUGAUCUACAACAUCACACGGGUUGUCAUCCUCUCUGCUGUCUCAGGAGUGAUCAGUGACCUGCUGGGAUUCAAUAUCAGAUUAUGGAAAAUCAAACCAUGAACUGGCAGAACAUCAGCCCUGGGCAUCUCCACCAGACACCAGAGAAGAGAACCAGCAGUGUGGGCAGAAAGAAGAAAACUGACAGAAAUCUGUAAUUCCAAUUUUUAAACAGAUUCCCAGUGUGUGCAUCAGAAGUUUUCUUUCUGCUUUACUGCUCUACAGCAUCCAGAGUGAACUGGUCUCCUCAGUGAUGUCAUCCCAUGGCAUGCACAGAAAAACUGGAUUAAUGGGGCCAAAUCCUGGCAGCUGGCACUGAACCAGCAGGAACUGCUGUGGGACAUCAAACACUAAAGCCAUACAAGAGCUGCAGCUGGGGGACACCACUGGCUGUGGCUGGGGCCACGUUUCUGUAAAACCUGGACCUGGGCAUGUGGCAAGGAGGGGCUCAGCCCUCCUGGCCCAGUCAGCCUUCCUGGGGCUGCACUGGAAUAUUCCAGGUUGAGAAUCCUUUGCUGCACUGACCUGGCUGUGCUGAAGAGCUUUUCUUUCCUUAAAGCUCUGCCUCCAUCCUGAAGCAGCCCAGGAUGCACCAGGUGAAUUCCCCUUCCCUGCUGCCAAUCCAGCAACACCCAAAUCCUGCUGGUGGCUUUGUGCUGGUGCUGCUGCAAAGAAAUUCUCAGUGUUUUUGGAGGACAGUUCCAGGAGAAAAACCUUUCAACACACACUACAGGCAAAGUGUUCACGAGCUGGAGAAUGUUUUGCCACAUCUGUUCCCUGGAAUGCUCAGCUCCAUCCUGUCCUGGCUGUGACAGCAGCUCUGCUCCGUGCUGUGAGCAGCUGUUGCAGCCCAGCCCUGCUGGGGAGGAAAUCUGGGGGGAAAAACCAGCUUUGACAAAGACUUCCUCAGGUUCAUGUUUAGAAAGGUCAUGGAGAGCAAGAAAACAUUUGAAGGCUUCUGCAACAUUUCCCUUCACUGGCUCCAACAGCUUCUAUUUAUUAGUAGGGAAAAGAGCAAAAACUGAGGAACUUCUCAUUCCUUCACAGGAGGGUGAAAUGGCAGAAGAAUCUUUGGUAGUAAAUUGUUUACAGCUAUUUUCUGUACAAGGAAAACUUGUGAGAUGUAAAAGGAGGUGACAUUUUUAUAUAGCAAAAUGUGCAAAUAAACCUGCAGGACAAGCACUUCAUCGUUACCAACGGUUUCUACUGGAUGAUUUUUAUACCAUCUUUUUGAACAUCUGUUACUGGAAUGGGGGGGUCGAGGAAACAUCCAAUAAUAAAUUGCAUUUGUUUUGCAGAACAGCAGCAUGUUUGUGGGUAAAACCUGGCUCACACCCCUGAAAGCCAACCAAGACCCUGGUUUAGACAGUGCACAAGCAACAGGCCAGGAACUGGAGUUGGGUUUUAAGAUCUGUGUAAAAAUAAUGAGUGAUUUGCAAGAACCUCAGGAGUGUGUGUGGAGGUGCUGUGCAAUAGAUAAAUAUUUACACCCAGCUCAUCCAUCCCUUGUGUAGCAUUCCAAGGCCAUGUGGAUGCAGGAAGCACAGUGAAAGGUCUUGGGAAGGGGAAAUCCCACACAGGUAGGGCUUGUGGUUCGGGUUUUGACUCUUACAAUGCUGUUUUGUGCAUGUGUGUGGUUUUGUUUUUCAUUUAUUUUUGGGGUUUUUUUACAGUUCUUUGUGCUGCGGGUGUUGGUAUAUGCUAUGGGGUUGCAGUAGGAAAAGAUUUUGUCCCCUAAUUUGCAUAUACAAUAGAAUAUUUGCAUAAUUAGUCAUUAAUAAUUAUUCUUCAGUGCUCCAUAUGGGAGUAAGUGGGGUGGAGAAUAAUAGUAAUAAUAUGAGAGGUGUUACUCCAAUCUGGAGCACUAUUUAUGGGCUUUAUGCACUAUAAAUAAAAAGAAGACAAAUAAUA